CGGUUUCGUGCUGGCUCUGGCUGGCUCAAGAAACAGAGGGAGGGAGGAUAGGAAGCCAGGAAGGGAAUCGAAUACGAUACCUUCUCUUUUCUCUCCUCUCCUCCUCCUUGGACGGCUUGUUUGUAAUCCUUGUUCGGGUUAGUAGAGAGCUCCCCUUCUUCCCCAACGAAUCCAAGCAUCUUUCCCUAGUCAGUUCCGUUGGGGUUGCCAUCAUAUUGGUAUUGCCAUUGCCAUUGCCGUGCCAGCCUAAAAUCGCAACCUUAUUGAUUGAUUGCUUCUACUGCCAGUACUAGAAAAACCCCACCAACAGCGCAGCCGUGAUGCGAUGCGAGAGGCAUCCUCCUCCUUCCAAUCCAAUCCACCUUGCGAGGGAUGUGAUGUGAUGUCCUUCUUCUAGAAGAGGAGAGGAGAGGAGGACAUCUUGCCGAUCCAAAAAGAAAGGGAAACCGGGACUGGAAGAAGAGCGCCGCCGCUUGGACUCUUCCGACGCCGCCGGCCAUGGCCAUGGCCAAGCACAAGCAGCGCCGGGUGUACCAAGCCUGGAGAGGCAACAACAUAAUCUUGUGUGGUGGAAGGUUGAUCUUUGGACCAGAUGCCAAGGCCACUCUGAUAUCUUUCUCUCUAAUUGCCAUCCCUGUUGCCGUCUUCUGCGUCUUUGUGGCCAGGCAUCUCAUACACAUAUUUCCUGCAUAUAAUGCAGGCUAUGCAAUUCUUGCUGUCACCAUAGGCCUUACAAUUUAUGUACUGUUACUGCUCUUCCUUACCUCAUCUCAAGAUCCAGGUAUUGUACCAAGGAAUUCACACCCACCUGUGGAAGAGUUCUCUCAUGAUGCUUCAGCUCCACAUACUCUUCAGUUCCCUCGAGUAAAAGAGGUUAUGGUCAAUGGCGUGCCUGUGAAAGUGAAAUACUGUGAAACUUGCAUGAUAUAUCGGCCUCCUCGCUGCUCCCACUGCUCCAAAUGUGAUAACUGUGUUGAGCGCUUUGAUCAUCACUGCCCUUGGGUUGGGCAGUGUAUUGGAGAGAGAAAUUACCGGUACUUCUUCUGUUUUGUUUCGUCGGCGGCAGUCCUGUGUAUCUAUGUAUGUUCAAUGUGUGGAUUGUACAUCAAGCUUCUCAUGAGUAGGGGUCAUGAUUCAUUGCUGAAGGCCAUUAAAGAAUCUCCAGCUUCAUUGGCAGUGAUGGCAUAUUGUUUCAUUUGCUUCUGGUUUGUCGGUGGUCUCACUGGGUUCCAUUCUUAUCUUAUCGCGACGAACAAGACAACAUAUGAGAAUAUCAAGUACAAGUACAGCAACCAGCCAAACGUGUAUGACCACGGCUGCGUGCGCAACUGUCAUGAGUUCUGGUGCACAAAAAGGAAGCCUUCUAAGAUCAAUCUAAGAGCUAUUGUUCAAGAGGAACAUGAGGUAGUACAGCCACAGACCAGCUACGCCAAUGUGCCAGAAGAUGAUGCACCCCACCGUCCAAGAGCCAAGGUUGAGGAUGAUCUAGAAAUGGGUCUUGACAUUCUGAAGACCUCAAGGCGCCGGACAGAUGAAGUUAGCGAUGAAGAAUUGGAGUCCGGAAGCAAUGGUGUUAAAUAUCGCACGCCAGAUUCAGAUACCGACAUUCCUGUAACCAGAACUAAGACCGAGAUCUUCGGUGAAGUUAGGGAUCUGGACUUGUCGGUUAAUAAUGCUGCAUUGUCCUCAUCUCCUCAGCAGAAACAACACCCUGACGAACUUUGUUGAUGCUAUAUGAAUGUGCCUGUUCAUUGAAAAGUUAUUUUUUGCGCAUUUUCAUAUAGCAGACACCAACAACUCGUUUAAGUCAGUAUCCAUCAGGGCUGUGAAUGAUUGGAUUUGAAGCAUGUGUUCUCCUUUGCCAUCUGUUUUUAGUAUUUAGACAGUUGCUUGAUCAUAGGAUUAUGUGUGUAAAAGAUAACCAGUUUAUGGAAGGUUUUAGAAGUUUAUAGGAAUUGUUUGAAAUUCUUCAGGAGUGUAUGAAGGCUGUUGAUUCAUAAUUGUACAUAUUUUUCAUAACGAUAUUGCCACUGAGAUGUAAAACGUGCCAUUUCCAAAAUGUGGAUUUGCGAAUGGACUGUA